UUGUCUACAACUACUAGUAGAACUCGUGAGCUCGGUGACUCGAUAGUGCGACUGCGAUUGACGAUUGUCCUCGUGGGCUAGUGUUUUUGAAUUUCUGCUUUUGUUGAUCAAGUGUAGUAUUCGCGCAGAUUCGCGAGUAUAUAUAUAUAUAUAUAUAUAUAAUAGUCUCCCUGGUUCUACACUUGUUUGCAGUAGAUGGACCUAACCCAACCUCAGUCAUCGCCGGUCAAGAAAUUGGAAUAUAGAAUUUGUGCAGGCCAAUAUGUGCGAGAUUUUUCUUCUCUUCGAGGGAUACUCGACGCAGAUCGACGAUGUGACGAUGGAUGCAAAUUGCAGCUGCACUUUGAUCAAGGCGCCGAAUAAGAAUGUCAUCGUCGACACCAUGACUGCUUGGGAUAAACAGGCUAUCAUUGAAGCCUUGAGUAAAUAUGAUGUGUGUCCUGAGGAUAUAAACUAUGUUGUGUGUUCGCAUAGUCAUGCUGAUCAUAUUGGAAAUAACAAUUUAUUUUUGGAAGCUGAUGAACACAUAGUUGGAAUUACAGUUGAACGGGAGACUUUAUUCCACGAGAGAAAUAUUAAAAAUUGUGAUUAUAAACUCUGUGAAGAAGUUAAAAUAACUGCAACUCCAGGCCACACUGCAGAUGAUGUUACUGUUAUUGUAAAAGGAAAAUUUGAGGGAGAAGAAGUAACAGUUGCAAUAACAGGUGAUUUAUUUGAAAAAGAAGAAGACCUUGAUGAUCCAUCGAUCUGGAUUAAUCUUGGAACACCUGAUCUCAAAGAAGUACAAGCACUAUCUCGUAGUAAGAUAGCAAACUUAGCUGAUAUCAUAAUACCUGGCCAUGGUCCAGCCUUUAAAGUUACAGAGGAAAUUAGAAAGAAACUUGCUCAACAACUUGAGCAAAUUAAAUCUAAAGAGCUGUGAUAAUUUUACACAAGUGUCUAUCAACGUCAUAAUUUCAGUUACAGUAUUAAGUAUAAGACCUCAAAGUUUACAAAAAUGUUACAAAAGUUCAAAUCAGAGUCAUAUAUAGAUAUCUUAGUCAUAGAAAAUAAUGAUUGGAAGUUUUGGUUGUUUUUGUACACGAUUUAGUAAUUUUUUUGCAAAUAAAUUUUUUAAUUACUAAA